GACAGGGAGUCGUAAUGAUGCGGUACAGCAAUGUUUACUCGUCGCCAAUUUUUACCAUUGCGAAAAACGUAUUCGCCUGAGGAACGUAAACAAGGACUACCCUGCCACUGAAGCUCUCCCAUACAGUCAAGUGAUUACCCAAACUUGUUACUAUAAUUCGGACGGAAUAACGCAGAAUGGUAUGACCCUCUCGCAGCCCGAGGGCGUCAAGUCAUGGAUGCGAUGCUUGGGGAGAUGUCUGGCGAUCUCAGAGUGUUCGGACGCCUCGUGCAGGGUGAAACACACGUCAACUUGUGUGCAGUUCUUAGAAAGGGCAAAGCCAUCAGAUUUUGCGUCCCUGGUGAACAUCAAUGGACCCAUACAGCAAGAGAAGGGCACCUGGACCGUGAUGUUCAAAGGCUCAGCCGGGAUCGGGAAGCCCAUGUACGACUUCUUGACAUCAGUUACCAAGGCUGCGCCGAUGGAACAAGCUCUCUCCAGCUGCGCUUGUAAUGCUUGUCACUAUAAGAACAGGCUGUUCGACAAUUGGAAGAAACUCGGAAUUAAGAGGGUAAAGCUAGCCCUCUUCAAGGGCUCGGAGCAGGUCGCCUUCGUCACGUUCAAUGGCGUAGACUCCACAGAGACGAACUGGUUCGCCAAGUCAAGGUUGCUCUCCUCAUCUUGGACUGAUUUAACGAAAACCUCCACAGCGAACUUCUUUUCACUGGCUGGCCACAUAGAUUCACCUGGUAAUGUAUACCGCCGAUUCUUCAUCAACCGUAGCUACGGAGGAUGCAAGGUCGACAAGGGCUGGAUGGUUGUAUAUGAUAAAUCAAAGGAACCCUGCCUUGCGGUAAACAACGUCACGGGUUUACCAUGUCCUAUAGUGCUCUAUUCUAAGAAGAACACCGCGACUACGUACUCCGCCAAAGAUUUUGGCAUUGCCGACUCGGUCGAGAUUCUAACCAGCACAGAGGAAUGAUGCGUGUCCUACGACUUUUUCUGGCCUAUCCUGUAGUAGAAUGCCUUGAAGAUUUCGG